CGCGCUUGCAGGAAGGUGAUAGCAAAGCCAUUCUUUAACAGUCGACGCAAGAGUGGAAAAUCUGCGAUGAAAUUUAACACUUGCUUGCUAUCUGAAGAUGGAUCUCGAACAAGUGAUGAGAUGAGUUUUUCGUAAAAUAUCCCAUCAAGUGCGGGGAAAGUGGGAUGCCCCACCACCUACGCACAAACUAAAACCUUCCGCUUCAACAAAUCUCAUUCUUGAACUCAGGUUCUCCUUUUCUAGAGAAGUUGCCGUCAGAUUAAUUCAGUGCAUCAGGUCCUCCAGAUCGCUACGAUGAAUAAAGAACUAUACCCAGAUAUAGAAACCCCGAAAGGUGCCUCGGAAGACGAGAACAUCGCAGCCAGGAAAGAGACCUCCGAGAACGUUGUAGGAACUCCACCAGAGCGCACCCAAGCAGAAAAAGCUCUCGUCUGGAAACAAGACCUCCGAAUCGUGCCCCUUUGCGCUGCGAUAUAUCUCCUCUGCUACCUUGACCGCUCAAACAUCGGAAACGCCAAGACAUUGAAUUCUUCUAGUCACAAUGAUCUACUUUCGACGACGCAUAUGACUGAUUACCAAUACACUAUUGCGCUCAUGGUUUUCCUGGUCGCUUAUGCAGUCUUUGAAGUUCCGUCAAACUAUCUGCUCAAGAAACUAAGUCCCAGCAAAUGGAUCGCUUUCCUGAUGCUCUCAUGGGGCGCUGUUACUAUGGGUCUGGGUGGUGCGCACAAUUUCGCUGGUGUGACGGCUAUUCGAUUCAUUUUGGGCAUGUUUGAAGCUGGUCUCUUUCCUGGCCUCGUCUAUCACUUGACUUUCUGGUAUAGAACAGACGAGCGUUCAAUCCGAGUCGCCUUCAUCCUCGCCUCAGCUACCCUAGCCGGCGCAUUCGGAGGCGCAAUAGCCUACGGCGUCGGCCACAUGAACCGCGUAUCCGGCCUCUCCGCCUGGCGAUGGCUCUUCAUCCUCGAAGGAAUCCCAUCCUGCAUCUCCUCGAUCUUUGUGUUCUUCUUCCUCCCCGACUACCCAGAAACAGUAAAAUGGUUGAACCCCGAAGAAAAAGCGCUUGCCAUCAACCGCUUACAAUUCGAGGCUUCGCAUGGCCACGACGAAAGUCUAACGUGGGCGCAAGCGAAAGAUACGUUGACGGAUUGGCGCUUGUAUGCGCAUUAUGCUGUGUAUUUUGGGAUCUCGACGCCGUUUUCUAGUUUGUCUUUGUUUACGCCGAGUAUUACUGCUGGUCUGGGGUACAAGGAUCUUCUUGCUCAGCUCAUGACUGUACCACCGUACGCUGUUGCUUAUGUGGUUACACUCCUGGUUUCUUUCUCGGCAGAUCACUUCAACGCGCGUGGUCUUCACUCUGCGGCAAUGGCUACUGUUGGAGCAGCAGGGUUCGUGGCAUCAGCGAGUCUUCCGGCGCAUGCUUACCAUUCUCGUUAUGGUUGUCUGAUCGUCGCUGCUUCUGGUGCCUUUUCCUGUAUCCCGCCACUGCUUGGUUGGCUUUCUUCAAACCUUCAUACGACUGGGGCAGUUGGUCUUGCUAUAGCGAUCAAUAUUUCGGUUGGAGCACCUGGUCAGAUUGCUGGCGUGUGGAUUUAUAAAGCUGAUCAAGCUACGAGAGGAUAUCCAACUGGCCAUUGGACAAAUGCUGGCUUGCUUUUCUUUGUGGCGGUUGGUUGUGUGGGGUUGAGGAUUUAUUAUGGAUUGCUGAAUCGAAGGAUGUUGAGGAACGGACAUCAAAGUCCGCUCCUCCUCCUCAAGAUCGGCACAUCCGUUCGCCAAACACGGCUCACCCGGCCCCACCUUUGA